AUGGCUCCACUCAAUAGACAUGCUCUGGUAUUCGGGGCCUCUGGCGUCUCUGGCUGGGCAGUUGUGAAUCAAUUGGUACAGGAUUAUCCAGAAGCAGGAACAUGGAGCAGGGUUACCGCCUUGACGAACAGGCCUCUCGAUAUUGAGGCCUCACUGUGGCCGAGAACAAAUAAGCUCCAGAUUGUUUCCGGCCUCAAUCUGCUGAAGGAAGAGCAGAAAACAUUCGAGGAGUCUAUGAGAAACAAAAUCCCAGGGAUUGAAACGGUCACGCAUGUUUUCUAUUAUGCCUACAAAGCGAAUCCAAACUUUGAACAGGAGAAAAAGGAUGCUGUUGAUAUGCUCUUUCGGUCGAUCAUAGCUGUGGAUGAGCUCUCUCCAGUUUUAGAGUUUGUCGCCUUCCAAACCGGCGCAAAGAUGUACGGGUUUCUUCUUCAAGAAGACCAUUACUUUCCUGUCCCUCUGAAGGAGUCUUUGCCUCGACUUAAGCCACCGUAUAGUGACCAGCUCUUUUACCACGCUCAGCUUGAUUGGUUGAGCGAAUAUUCCAAUGGAAAGUCAUGGACAUGGUGCGAAACGCGACCAGAUAUCAUUGUUGGUUUCGCUCCAAACCAUUCUGCUUACUCCUUGGCGGCUUCUCUGGGCAUUUACUUCUCCCUCUGGAAGGAAAUUAACGGCGCCGGUAGUGUAAUCCCCUUUCCAGGGACCAUGAAAAGCUGGAGAGCAAAACAUAACGAGGCCGGCAGCGACAUGAUUGCCAAGCAAACAAUAUUUCUUUCUUUGCACCCCGAUGCGAGCGGCAACGGAGAGACCUUCAAUGUGGCGUCAUCUCCCCAGUAUGAGACCUGGGAGCAGAAAUGGCCACAGCUUUGCGAGUAUUUCGGGCUGAAAUCGGCUCCUCCUGAUGAUCGAUCUAGAGAAGUUCGAGCAUAUAUCAACAACAAUCUCCCGGAAUGGAAAGCCCUGGAAGAGAAAUACCACCUGCGGACGGAUAUCGCUCAGUCAGGAAUAACCAUGCCAGGAUUUGAAAUCCUCCACCUGACCCUCGCCGAUUUCGAUCGACACUACGACUUGACCAAGAUCCAACAUGCGGGGUUUGAUGAAAGGAGUUCAGUCAUGGAGACGUGGGGUUUAACUUUCGAUAGGAUGCGAAAAGCAAAGAUGAUUCCGUAG